AUGGCACAAUUGAGAAAUGUAAUAAAGUAUAGUGGAUCAGUGUCUGCCGAGCAGAAGAAAGAGCUGAUCCACUUUAUAGAAAGUCACCCGGAGUUGAAAUCGGGGAAAUUCAGUAACGAAUUUUCAUGGAAAACGGCCCAGAAUUUAUGGAUGCACGUGGCCGAGCACCUAAAUGCUCUUCCAGGAGCAAAGAAGGAGUGGAAGCAGUGGCGCAAGACAUGGCAAGACAUGAAGUCCACUGCAAAGAGAAAGAAGACCCAACUUAAGAACCAACUAACAACGACUGGAGGUGGGCCUCAACAAGAUAUUAUAAUCACCGAGGAAGAUGACCAAAUUCUUGACCUCAUCGGGUCUGUUGUGGUUGAGGGUGACCAGUUGGUUCUGGAUCUGCUUUGA